CUUUAAACAUCAAAUUGUAUUUGUAUAAGAGCAAGAUGCUUAUGAAGCCAUCAUCCUUGUUUAUUUAUUAUUUUAUAGUUGGAAUCCAUUUUACUUUUGUUUAUGGAACAAUAUAUGUUACAUUAUCUAAUGAAACAUUGGAAGAUAGAAGUGCUGCUUUUGGACCCAAGAUGUCGAAAGAUGGUAAAGUAGGUUAUAUUAUCGAACCUGAACAAGAUCCAACAGGCUGUAAUCGAGUUAAGAUGCCACAAAUGUAUAAUAAUUGGAUUGCAUUAUUAAGUAGAGGAGGAUGUUCAUUUAUAACAAAAGUAAGAAACAUGCAACAGAGUGGUGCAAUAGCUGUGAUUGUAGGUGAUCCGAUUCAUUCUAAUUGGAUAACUAUGUAUUCACCAGGAGAUAGUUCAGAUAUUAUGAUUCCUAGUGUAUUUUUAGCCAAGAAUGAAUAUAAGAAAAUAUUGUUUUUAUCCAAAUUAUUAGACAGACCUAUGAUGGCAAUUUUACAAUAUGAUGAAAUGGAUAAAACUUGGCAAUUGAUUGACAUUCUUAUUAUUGUAAUUUUAUCUCCUUGUAUCAUGUUGGCUUUCAUUUAUAUCUCCUGGAAAAUUAGACAAGGAAUACAACGUAGAAGAGAAUUGGCACCUAUUUCAAUUGUUUCACGAUUAACUGUCAAGAUAUUUAAUAGGACAGAAAAGGAUCUUGAGUGUUGUACGAUUUGCUUGGAAGAAUAUCAAACGGGGGAUGAAUUAAGAGUUUUACCUUGUCAGCAUCAAUUUCAUAUUUUAUGCGUAGAUGCUUGGUUAACCACUCAAAAGAAACUGUGUCCUAUUUGCAAACGUGAUAUUACUACUACUCUUACAGAUAAUAAUGAAAUUACACCAUUUUUAUUAGAAGAAGGACGAUAAGAAUAAUGACUUUAUCAUAUUGUAAAUAUUGAAGCACACACAUAGAUAUCUUCUUCUAUAUACAUACAUAAGUCAUGAUAUAACUAGUAAUGUACUUGUACGUUCUUAUAUUGUGACACAUACACAAUAAUAAUAAAAAAGGAGUAUUCAAUGUUUUUUUUUGGGAGUAAUUACCCUCAGGAAUAGAUGAAUAUGACUAGAAGAUUUCACCUAUAAUAAAUAAUAUAAAUGUUUAUUAUUAUUAUUAUUAUUUAAGGGUAAGGG